AUGUUUGUGAGAUGGAUUCAAGGAAGAGUGGUUGUUGUAUUAGUAUAUGUUGAUGAUAUACUGAUUGCAGGAAGCUAUUUGGGAGACAUAGAACAGUUGAAGCUGUUCUUAAGCAAAGAAUUCAAGGUCAAGGACCUUGGUCAGAUGAGUUAUUUCUUGGGAUUGGAGGUGUUGAGAGAUCACAAAGGGAUCUCCUUGAGUCAGAAGAAGUAUUGUCUUGAAUUGGUGACAGACACAGGAUAUCUAGAAGCUAAGGGCUGUCUUUCACCAGUGGACUGUAAUGUGAAGUUAUCAACUACUCAGGGAGAACCAUUACCAGAUGCUACUGUCUAUAGGAGAUUAAUAGGCAGAUUGCACUAUCUCACCAUUACCAGGCCAGACAUAACUUAUGCAGUGCAACAAUUAGCACAGUUCCAGGAAAAUCCCUGUGUUGAGCAUCUUCAAGCUGCACACAGAGUGAUCAGGUACUUAAAGCAAACACCUGGACAAGGCCUAUUGUUCAGAGCUGACUCAAAACUUGAGUUGCAGGGUUUCUGUGAUGCAGAUUGGGCGAGUUGCCCUGAUUCCAGAAGAUCCUUGACAGGAUAUUGUACUUUCCUAUGCACCUCAUUGAUUACUUGGAAGACCAAGAAACAAACAACGGUCUCAAGGUCAUCCUCUGAAGCAGAAUACAGAGCAUUGGCACAAGUAGUCUGUGAAGUGCAGUGGCUCAGAAACCUCUUGUUAGAAAUGGGAGUUCAGGUACCCCUUUCAAUUAAUCUCUUUUGUGACAAUAAAUCUGCCCUACACAUCGCUGAGAAUCCUGUGUUCCAUGAGCGAACCAAGCAUAUAGAGAUCGACUGUCAUGUCAUAAGAGAGAGACUGAAAUCUGGAUUAGCCAAGCUGAGCCAUAUCAGAACAGAUGAUCAGGUUGCUGAUAUUUUCACCAAGGGAGUCACGAGAUAUCGUCUGAAGUUCUUGUUGGACAAGCUAGGAGUAUUCAACGCCUACUCGCCAGCUUGCGGGGGAGUAUCAGACUUGGAAGCUGAAGAUUGA